AUGGAAAGCCGAACACAAGAAUUAAUGCCAGAUUUUCACCGUCAAUCCAGGACGGAACUCGUGGGAAAUAGGACGAGACAUGUAAUCACGUUCAAUCCGAAUUCCGCCAAACCCGGGGAGGAAAUCUACGUGAAUAUUCCAAAACUCAAACCGGAUUCCGUUUUGGUUCCCGCUAGUAUGGCGUUGGUAUUCGACUUUAAAAAUGCCAACGAGAAAUCCUGGUUCCGAAAUAAUUUGGGAAAUUUAUUACAAAAAAGAUUAGAAAUCCGGUUGGCCGGGGAAAACGUUUACGAUAACAGCGGCGAAAGUUUGAUGGAAGUGUACAAAGAUUUGUGGAUGGACGAAAAACAACGUGCGGAUAUGAUCGAAGACGGGAUCGCCGCCGAAGCCGGGAUCGCCGCCGAAGCCGUGCGUAAAAAAAUCUCGAAAGACGACGAGGCCAAUACCGAUGCCGAUGCCGUCGCGUUGUUCGGCGUCUUCGGAACGAAACAACGCAUAAAAAUUAAUAAGAUCAUAGGCGAUCACGGAUUGUACGCACCGUAUCAUUCCGCGAACGAUCUACAAUACGUCAUCACGUUACCACAAGCCACGGAAAUCAUGAAUGCCCAAAGUGGCGAAUCCGUCGAGGGCUACACGUUGGAAAAUAUCGAGUUGGAAUACGAGUCCAUCGAAAAUAAUCAUCUCGCCCGAAAAUCCGAAAAUCUAUACGGAGCCGAACGAGAAUUAUCGUUCGAACACGUCACGUUAAUGAAAAAGACCGAAUGGGACAAAAGUGCAACGAUCGUCAACGAAACCAUCGACGUUCCGCGACGUGGUAUGAAAGCCGUCGUCAUGUUAUUCACAGACAAAACACCGACCGAUAGCGAGGAUUAUAUUAAUCCAAAUAUCGAAAAAGUGAAAGUGACGAUCGAAGGUGUUCCCAACGUUAUUUACAGUCAGGGAAUGACAAAGACGAGGAUGUACGAAGAAGCCAAACGGCUUUUUGGGAGUGAUGCGAACAGUCAACAAUCUCUGGUGAAAUUCUACAAAGAUAAGAAAUUUGCCUUGGUCAUCGACUUACGGACCGCGAACGAUGAAAAGACUUAUGGGAACGGGGUGAAAAUUCAAAAUACACAGUCGGGAAUUUUAGUGGAAAUUACCAAAAAAGCAACGACGGCCAACGUCGUCUGUUACACGUUCGUUCUUUCGGACGGCGUCAUCAAGAUCGCCAACGGACAAUUAAGUGGGGUGAGGUAUUAG